AAACCCAGUCGCCGGCGAGCUUGAGUCCCAGAAGGGAGCUGCUGUCUGAGGAGGGAGCUGCCUCUUCACUGGCCUGCCACGAGAGGACCGGAGGUCGCGCCGGGCGCCCGAGGUACCCUACCCAGGGACCCGCCUGCCCCACACCGCCCCGCCCCGCCGGCCGCUCGGCAUCAGGUUUCCUAGCCGCAGCCGUACCUGCCAGCUCCAGACUCCCCAAGGCUCCCAGAGGAUGCUUGGACCACCGGUGGGGACCUCAGGGCGGCAGUGAGUGGGACAUCCAGCCCCCCACUCAGCUCCUGUCCUCCUGUGCCAGGAGUUCCCCCUAAGGGGGUGAGCAUGGUGAUUUUCCUUUGGAAUCCCCUGCCUUGGGACAUCUGAGAAGAUGCUUGCCAUGAGGCUGUUCACUUGCUUCCUGCAGCUCCUGGCUGGGCUAGCGCUGCCUGCUGUCCCCCACAAGCAGUGGGCCCUGUCUGCUGGGAAUGGCUCAUCAGAGAUGGAAGUGGUGCCCUUCCAGGAAGUGUGGGGCCGCAGCUAUUGCCGGGCACUGGAGAGGCUGGUGGACGUUGUGUCCGAGUACCCCAGCGAGGUGGAGCACAUAUUCAGCCCGUCCUGCGUCUCCCUGCUGCGCUGCACCGGCUGCUGUGGUGAUGAGAACCUGCACUGUGUGCCCAUAGAGACGGUCAAUGUCACCAUGCAGCUCCUGAAGAUCCGCUCUGAGGACCAGCCCUCCUAUGAGGAGCUGACGUUCUCUCAGCAUGUGCGCUGCGAGUGCAGGCCUCUGCAGGAGAAGAUGAAGCCAGAAAGGAGGAGACCCAAGGGCAGGGGGAAGAGGAAGAGAGAGAAGCAGAGACCCACAGACUGCCACCUGUGCGGUGAUACUGUUCCCCCGAGGUAACCAGCGUUGGAGGAGCGUGAUCCCACACCCUGCUCGUCUAUUUAUUACCGUCACACUCUCAGUUACCUCCCUGCUGGCACCUGCCCUCUAUUUAUUAGCCAAUGGUAUCCCUGCUGAGUGACUCCCUCCCUCUGAGAUGAGGAGCGGGGAGGGACAGGACCCUCAGGAAUUCAGUGCCUUAAACACAACGUGAGAGAAGGAAGGCAACCGACCACAGACGCGUGGGCUGCAGCUUGGAAGAAGCAAGACAUGUGGCUUUGUGGGGGAUGAUCCAGGCCCCAGAGGCUUGGGGGGUCUCCCCUGGAGAGGCAACAAGAGGGGCACCCACCACCAUUACUGGUCCUUGGGCUCCACACGGACAAGCAGCCCUUGCUCUGGGGGCUCCUGGCAGGUUGGAGGUGGAGCAGCCUGUUUUGGCUUCCCUGGCUCCUGCUAGGGGGAAGGCAGGCACGGGGUGGAGGGAUCCUGCUGUGUUCCCUUCUUCCUGGCGGCAGCUCUGCACCCUGGACAUCAGAGCACUCAGCUCAGGAGAACAGUUGUUGCCCAGGGGCCUUUGCCAUUCCUUGUCCCCUACAGUCUGUCCUCACAUCUUGCCACUGCUUGUGCUGAGACAUUGUUCUUUAUUGCCAAGGCACCACCAUCCUGCCCCUCUAAGGGACACAGGCAAAGAGUGGAUCCCAGGCUGAACGUGGAGCAAGCUGUCCCUGUGUGGCUGUCUGACUGCCAAGCCAGAUUCUCUUGAAUAAAGUAUUCUAG